GAAAACUCGGUGUGUGUGUCUUAACUUCAUCCCACGUUUUUCAUUUUUUCUUCCAUCACACAAACUCUCUCCUUUGCUCCCUUUUCGGCGACGGCCAAAGCAUAGAUAGAUAUUUCUCCACGGAUUUGCAUAACAUGGAGAGAGAUUUUCUAGGGUUAGGUUCAAAAAAUUCUCCGAUCACUGUGAAGGAGGAAACCAGCGAUGACUCCAGAGAUUCAGCUCCGAGUAGAGGAAUGAAGUGGUCAAUCCCAAACAAAGCCUCUGCUACUUCUUCUCCUCAGUUUCUAGCUUUCAGGCCAUCCCAAGAAGACAGACACAGAAACAUUGGGAACUAUCAUUUGCCACCACACUCUGGUUCCUUCAUGCCAUCAUCUGUAACUGAUGUAUAUGAUUCCAACAGGAGCACUCCUUACAGUUCUGUUCAGGGUGUUAGGAUGUUCCCUAGUUCCAAUCAACAUGAAGAAGCUAUCUCAGUUUCAAUGGCCAGGCCGGGUCUCCAGUCUCAUUAUGCACCAGGAGGAACAAGUUUCAUCAACAAUAGUGUAAACUCACAACCUUUGGUAGGAGUUCCUAUCAUGGCACCUCCAGUAUCAGUCCUUCCUCCUCCAGGUUCCAUUGUUGGGACAACUGAUAUUAGAUGUUCUUCCAAGCCAUCAGGAGCAGCACCUACUCAGUUGACAAUCUUUUAUGCCGGUUCAGUUUGUGUUUACAAUGACAUAUCUCCUGAAAAGGCCAAGGCGAUAAUGUUAUUAGCUGGAAAUGGUUCCUCUAUGCCACAAGCCUUUUCACCACCUCGAAGUCAUCAACAAGUGGUCCAUCAUGCUCGUGUUUCCGUUGAUUCUUCUGCUAUGCCUCCUAGCUUCAUGCCUACAAUCUCUUAUCUUAGCCCUGAAGCUGGAAGUAGCUCAAAUGGACUCGCAGCAAGAGGCUUUACAUCAACAUACCACAACAACCAAACUAACGCAUCCAAUAUCAACUCUUCAGUGGCAGUUUCUUGUUCUGCCAAUGUACCUCAAACAGUGGCUUUACCUCAGGCUCGGAAAGCAUCUAUAGCUAGGUUUUUAGAGAAACGCAAAGAAAGAGUCACAAGUGUAUCGCCAUAUUGCUUGGACAAGAAGUCAUCAACAGAGUGUCGAACACCUAUGUCUGAAUGCAUAAGUUCUUCUCUCAGCUCUGCAACCUAAUCUCAUUUGCAGUAGUACUUCUUCAGGCCACUCCAAACUCAUCUUUGCAUUUCAGUAGUGGUUAUUCUGUUAUUUUAUUUUUGUUACAGAGUUUUCCUUCUCUUUUUCUUUGGUUACACCGAGUUUCUUCUUAGCUUAUAUUAUACUACAGUGUAUUUUGUUUUUCUCUCCCUACACUGAAUUUCUUCUUAGCUUGUACUAUUGUGUAUACUUUGAAUAUCUGAUAUUUUAACGAAUGGAAC